AUUUGAUUACAGUCGUAUAUAACUAAUCCUCUGAAACCAUUCCAAACAUAGCAAUACAGAGAGCUAGAGAGAAUGAGUCAGGCAAAUAGUUAUGGUGGGUGCAACAGAUGGAGUCUUCGGGGAAUGACUGCACUUGUCACUGGUGGAACCAAAGGACUCGGGCAUGCUAUUGUGGAGGAAUUUGCAGAGCUAGGUGCAAGUGUCCAUACAUGCUCCAGGAAUGAAGCAGAACUUAAGGAAUGCAUACAUGAAUGGGAAAAUAAAGGUUUCAAAGUCAGUGGUUCAGUGUGUGAUGUAUCAUCUCGACCAGAGCGAGAGAAGUUAAUGAAACAAGUCUCCUCUCUGUUUAAUGGCAAACUCAACAUCCUCAUAAACAAUGUUGGGACAAACAGGAGCAAGCCCACCGAGGAGUGCAAGGCUGAAGAUUUUUCAUUUCUCAUGGCCACCAAUUUGGAGUCUGCCUACCACUUGUCACAAAUUUCUUAUCCUCUUUUGAAAGCUUCAGGGUCAGCAAGCAUUAUUUUCAUGUCUUCAGUUUGUGGUGUUGUUUCAGUAAGUUUAGGAUCCAUAUUUGCUGCUACAAAAGGAGCCAUGAAUCAACUUGCCAAAAAUUUGGCCUGUGAAUGGGCAAGAGACAAUAUAAGGGCCAACUCUGUGGCGCCUUGGUUUAUUAGAACUCCCCUAGCUGAAACUUAUCUGAAUGAUGAGAAAUUUUUGGAGCAAGUAAAAUGGCGAACCCCGAUGGGACGCAUAGGGGAACCAAAGGAGGUGUCAUCUUUGGUAGCAUUCCUUUGCCUGCCUGCAGCCUCUUACAUAAGUGGACAAACUAUUUGUGUUGAUGGAGGAUUUUCAGUGAAUGGCUUCGUCCUCCCCAAAGCAUAACUAACAAGAAACACCCAGAAGGCCAAUUCAGAAGAAGCUGCUUGGUGUACCUGAAUCAUACAUCUAUUGAUAUUUCAUUGAAUAAUUGAAAUUACUCUAAUGUAUGGGGUUAUUGGCAAGAAUUCUGUGAAAUGAAACAGCCGUAUUAUUUUCUAA